CACAGCGCCCUAUCUCCAUGUAACUGCUGUCUCACUCAUGGCGCUCCUCUCCUGGCCAGUAGCAUUGCACUUCUUCCGCAUGAACAAGAGAGUCCGCCAGGUGGCCACACUGGGCCUCUAUCUGUCUGUGCUGUUCUCUCUAUACCUGGUUCCUUUGGGAAUGUACUCACCCUGCAUUAAGGAGGUGAACACCCUGGGACCUGCCCCAAUGCUCAUUGGGCACAGAGGAGCACCAAUGCUUGCUCCAGAGAAUACUGUGAUGUCCUUUGAGAAGGCAAUUGAAACGGGAGGACAAGGGCUUGAAACAGAUGUCACUAUCAGUUAUGAUGGCAUUCCCUUUCUCAUGCAUGACCAAACUCUGAAAAGAACGACUAAUGUUGCUGAUGUUUUCCCAAACCGAACACACCUCGACGCCGCCAUGUUCACCUGGGCUGAGUUACAGCAGCUGAAUGCUGGUAGUUGGUUCCUGUCGAGAGAUCCAUUUGGUACAGUGUCGUCCCUGUCUGAGGCGGACUCCUCCAAGGCCCAGAACCAGUCUGUUCCCUCUCUGGCCCAAUUUCUGGAAGUGGCAGCACAUAGUGGCAAACUGGUGCUGUUUGAUUUGCGAAGACCACCAUUCGGACACCCCUACAGGCAGUCAUACAUCACCACAACCCUGCAAGUGGUGCAGGCCCACAUCAACUCAUCCCAGGUGCUGUGGCUGCCAUCUGAGGACAGGGACUUGGUCCAAGCUGUGGACACAGAGCUACAGCAGACAUCUGGAGAAAAAGCUUCCAUUCAGGAGCUGACAGACAGCCACAUCAUCAGACUAAAUCUGCACUACAGUACCAUGUCCCAGCAACAGAUCAGUAAGUACAGCUCGGUGAACAUCAGUACUAACCUGUACGUCAUCAGUCAGCCGUGGCUCUACACUCUGGCCUGGUGCGCUGGAGCUCAGUCCAUCACCACCAACUCCGUCCACAUCCUGUCCCACAUUGACAAGCCCCUGUUCCUCAUGACUCCGGAGGAGUACAGUGUGAUGUGGAUUCUGACUGAUGUGGUGUCUGCCAUCCUCAUUAUUGCUGUUUUCAUCUUCCACUGGUGGAGAGAGAGAGGACUGCCCUUCUGGUCUGGAAGCCGUCAGACGCAUGAGAACGGACCUUACAGCAAGUUCAGGACAGAGCUGAAUGAUGUGUGGUCCAUCUCCAGCAUCGUUGUUCACCCGGAGGUACACAUCAUGCCCAGUUCACCCUGCAUUCAUCAGCUGCCCACCAUCACGGAGGAGUGACCCUGAGAGAGAGGGAGAGAGUGAAAUGAAAAGGGCAAGAAAAAAGGUUAAAAACAGACUGAACAGAAUGAGAAAACAAAUAGUUCUACUUCUUCUCAGUUCUCUGCGACUGUGCGGACUGUCUGUCUGCUGGACGAGAACUGUGCAGCCAUUUUCACUCUACAUGAUGUCUUAGGUUCCAUCAACAUGUAUGGGUGGUGAGGACAUUUUAACGCCAGCCCAGAAUAGACCGAUCGUAGCCACGGGGCUGACAUGCUUGAGAAAAUUUCAAUCAGUGCCACCAGCUGAGUUCAACAGUGUUACUAAUCAAAGAAUGGUCAUGCUGCAUUCCAAGUACCUCACAAGUGGAAAGUUGGAACUCAGAACUGCAUCAUGUUUUAUCUCUGUGUUCAAAGUAGGGGAC